AUGGCGCCCGGGGCGAACUGGGACGACAUCCCAGACGACUUUGUGCUGCCGGCCGGAAACGCCAAGCGUGGCGCGAAGCUGUUCAAGAAGCACUGCCAGCAGUGCCAUUCAAUGCGACCUGACAACCGCCAAACCUCAGGUUUCGCGACCAUCGGACCGACGCUGUUCAACGUGUACUGCCGCACGGCCGGAGCGACCGGUCACGACAGCGUUACGGGCAUCACAGACACCCUGCAGAACGCCGGAAUCGUGUGGACUGACGCGAACCUGAUGAGGUACAUGAAGAAUCCGGAGCGUUUCGUUAGCGCCGUGGUGGGGAUGAAUUUCGCGGGGCUUCCGAACUUCCAGGACCGGGUCGACAUCGUUCACUUCCUCCGCGACCUGACGCCCGACGGCGAGGUCGGCAAGCGGAUCCUCAAGGAGUGCAAGCAGCGUUAA